AUGACUGAGUAUGACAGACCAUUCAGCAUUGAAUUGCCUGCAAAACGUCAGGCUGUCACCAUGGCUGCUACAGUUGCGUCUUGGCUAGGGUACAUUCCCUCCCUUGCAGGAGACAAAGAGCUCCCAGAUGAGCCACCCAAAGCCCUUCCAGCUUCGUGGUACUACUCCCCAGAGAUAUAUCAGUUGGAGCGAAGAGCUAUUUUUUCCAAGAGAUGGAUCUUGGUUACUCACAAGCUGCGCUUCACAAAACCCGGUGACUUCCUUCGGUUUGAGGAAGCUGGAUUCUCCUUUGUGUUAUGCCUUGACCGAGAAGGUAACUUGAACGGCUUUCACAAUAUCUGCCGCCAUCGUGCAUAUCCCCUCGUCUCGGAAGACGAGGGCAACGUCAAGAUCCUGUCGUGCAAAUAUCAUGGGUGGUCGUACAGCCUCAAUGGGAAGUUAGCCAAAGCUCCCAAGUUUGAAGUCGUCCCGGGGUUCCAGAAAGAGAAUCAGAGUUUGUUCCCCGUGCAUGUCCAUACUGAUGCACUGGGCUUCAUUUGGGUCAAUCUUGACUCUUCACCGAAUCCAGUUCCCUGGGAAGAAGACUUCGACGGGGUUGACCGGCAAGAACGAUUCCAGAGGUUCGACUUCACCCAGUACAAGUUUGACCAUACAUGGCAGAUGACCGGCGACUAUAACUGGAAAACACUGGCGGAUAAUUAUAAUGAAUGCUAUCAUUGCACUAUUGCGCAUCCUGACGUGGCGAGGCUGGCCGAUCUUUCAUAUUACUAUACCGUUUCCACACCGGGGCAUAUUCAGCAUUUCUCCCGACCAAAGCCGGAUAAGGUAGAUGAGGAUAUACAGAAUGCCAGCACCUACUACUUUCCCAAUGCCUGCAUGACAGUAUCGCCUCAUUUCUUCUACAUGAUGCGAUGCGUCCCGACAUCUGCAACAUCCUGCUCCAUGGAGUACGAAGUUUACCGACACAUAGAAGCUUCGGAUGAGGACUUUGAAUAUAUUGAUUCCUUCUUCAAGAGAGUUCUGGACGAGGACAAACACCUUUGUAACGCUGCACAGAAAAACCUGAAUGCUGGUGUGUUUGUGAAUGGUCAGCUCCAUCCUGACCUGGAGAGUGCGCCACUGUUCUUCCAGAAUACUGUCCGAAGCUUGCUCAAAAGUCACAGCGACGAGGAGAGAAAGAUAAACAGGGAGAUAUGGCCCGCGCGGCAGCAUUCAGCAGGCCAGGCGACCGCAGAAGAUGUCGCUUUUUGCUUAGGACAUUACAACUUCAACAUGAUUUCUUUCAGACAGUGUCUUGCCAUAGCGGCCCUGCCGUUAGCUCAUACGGCAUUGGCAUUGAACGAUAUAUCCUCUCGGGCUCAGUCCGCAACCAAUCUCUGCGGAGACAAUGAUUACAUCAUUCUCGAGAGUUCACCAUGGAUUGUGUACAAUAUGUUGUACAAUGCCGCCCAGAUGGUUGGCACGCAAUGUACGAAUUACGAUGGAAUGACUACCAGCGACAGCGGCACCAAGGAGGUUCUAUGGAGUAGCGUGACGGAUAUCGACUACGUCGCGAGCACGAAUAAUGUCCCCAAAGGGUACUCCUUCGUCGGUCUGACCCAGAAUCUUGAGACGAAACUGUCCGCCAUCAGCUCCAUCCCCGCCGUCUACAACUGGACGCGUACCAACAUUACUGAGUUCAAGGGAAACAUUUGCUUUGACUUCAUGACCAACGAUGUCAAAGGUGACUCGACUUCAUCUUCGUCGCGUGAGCUCAUGCUGUGGCUGCAGUAUGAAGGCGGCCAACUGCCCAUCGGCUGGACCAAUGGGCCAGCUGCCACUAUUGACAACCUCUUCGGGACCUCGUGGACGCUGUACGAAGAUAUCAAUACCGACACGGGGAUAACAGUCAGCACCCUGAUGCCUACUAAGCAAUUUGAAGGCUCUUUCUCUGGCGAUCUGAAGAACUGGCUGCUCGCCAUGGCCGAUCUGGGCAGGUUUACCGAGUCGACAUAUGUCAAUGUCGGCAAUGCUGGGUAUUUAUGA